CCCCUUCCCCAAGUGCCGUUUCGGUUUAACCUAGUGUGUGACUGAGUCUGUGUGAGGGAGCGAAUGAGUGUGUGAGGUAUUGAGGUGAGGCGGAGGCAAGAAAAGGGUCUCCCUCAGGAGCGAGGGACAAAGGGGGCGUGAGGCACCUAGGCCGCGGGACCCCAGCGACAGGAAGCCGCCCCGAGACGGGCUACCGGGUAGGGGAAGGGCCCGCGCAGUCUUCACAGGGCCCCAGAGCCGGAGUCGGCCCCACAGUCCCCGGGCCGUCGGCUUCCUACUUCCUCGACCUCCCCGGCGUCCGGGCCUGAGGACUGGCUCGGCGAGGGGAGGACGGGAAACAGACUUGGGCAGCUACCCGUUGUCUCGCAACUCCACUGCUGAGGAACUCUCAUUUCUUUCCUGGCUCCUUCACCCCCCACCUCAUGUAGGAGGGUGCUGAGGAGUCGGGAGGGAGGAGGAGCCUGGGCUACAGUCCCUUCCCUCCCCACCCCCUUCUAGGGGCGCUUUGGUAGGCGUGGGGUUGGGGGGUGGGUGGGGGUUACUUUUCGGAGUGCUGGGGAACUUUUUCCCCGUUUUGAGGGUAGGGGAAAGGGAAUGCCCAAUCCAGAGAGACAUGGGGGCAAGAAGGACGGGAGUGGAGGAGCUUCUGGAACUUUGCAGCCGUCAUCGGGAGGUGGCAGCUCCAACAGCAGAGAGCGUCACCGCUUGGUGUCGAAGCACAAGCGGCAUAAAUCCAAGCACUCCAAAGACAUGGGGUUGGUGACCCCCGAAGCAGCACCUUUAGGUACAAUUAUCAAACCUUUGGUGGAGUAUGAUGACAUCAGUUCUGAUUCAGAUACCUUCUCUGACGAUAUGGCCUUCAAACUAGACAGGAGGGAGAAUGAUGAACGUCGUGGAACUGAUCGGAGUGACCGCCUGCACAAACAUCGUCACCACCAGCACAGACGUUCUCGGGACUUACUAAAAACUAAACAGACAGAAAAAGAAAAAAACCAGGAAGUCUCCAGCAAAUCGGGAUCUAUGAAGGACCGGAUAUCAGGAAGUUCAAAGCGUUCAAAUGAGGAGAAUGAGGACUAUGGGAAGGCACAGAUAUCCAAAAGCAGCAGCAACAAGGAAUCCAGGUCAUCCAAACUACAUAAGGAGAAGACCCGGAAAGAACGUGAGUUGAAGUCUGGGCACAAAGACCGGAGUAAAAGUCAUCGGAAAAGGGAAACACCCAAAAGCUACAAGACGGUGGACAGCCCCAAACGGAGAUCCAGGAGUCCCCAUAGGAAAUGGUCUGACAGCCCCAAGCAAGAUGAUAGCCCCUCAGGAGCUUCUUAUGGCCAAGAUUAUGACCUUAGUCCUCCAAGAUCUCACACCUCUAGCAAUUACGACUCCUACAAGAAGAGUCCUGGAAGUACCUCAAGAAGGCAGUCAAUUAGUCCUCCCUACAAGGAGCCCUCGGCCUACCAGUCCAGCACCCGAUCACCCAGUCCUUACAGUAGACGACAAAGGUCUGUGAGUCCCUAUGGCCGGAGACGUUCUUCCAGCUAUGAAAGGAGUGGCUCUUACAGUGGGAGAUCACCCAGUCCCUAUGGUCGAAGACGGUCCAGCAGCCCUUUCAUGAGCAAACGGUCUCUGAGUCGGAGUCCACUCCCCAGUAGGAAAUCCAUGAAGUCUAGAAGUAGAAGUCCCGCAUAUUCAAGACACUCAUCUUCUCAUAGUAAAAAGAAGAGAUCGGGGUCACGUAGUCGACAUUCCAGCAUCUCACCUGUCAGGCUUCCAUUGAACUCCAGCUUGGGAGCUGAACUCAGUAGGAAAAAGAAGGAAAGAGCAGCAGCUGCUGCUGCAGCAAAAAUGGAUGGAAAGGAGUCCAAGGGUUCACCUGUGUUUUUGCCUAGAAAAGAGAACAGUUUAGUAGAGGCUAAGGAUUCAGGCUUGGAGUCUAAAAAGUUACCCAGAGGUGUAAAAUUGGAAAAAUCUGCCCCAGAUACUGAACUGGUGAAUGUACCACAUCUCAAUACAGAAGUCAAAAAUUCUUUAGAUACAGGGAAAGUAAAGUUGGAUGAGAACUCUGAGAAGCAUCCUAUUCUUAAAGAUUUGAAAGCACAGGGAUCAAGAGACUCUAAACCCGUAGCAUUGAAAGAGGAGAUUGUUACUCCAAAAGAGACAGAGGUAUCAGAAAAGGAGACCCAUCCGCCUCUCCCCACAGUUACUUCUCCUCCACCUCCUUUACCAACUACUACCCCUCCACCUCAAACACCCCCUUUGCCACCUUUGCCUCCACUACCAGCUAUUCCACAGCAACCACCUCUGCCUCCUCCCCAACCAGCAUUUAGUCAGGUUCUUGCUUCUAGUACUUCAACUCUGCCCCCUUCUACUCACCCAAGGACAUCUACUCUGUCCUCUCAGGCAAAUUCUCAGCCCCCUGUACAGGUUUCUGUGAAGACUCAAGUGUCUGUAACAGCUGCUAUUCCACACUUAAAAACUUCAACGUUGCCUCCUCUGCCCCUCCCACCCUUAUUACCUGGAGACGAUGACAUGGAUAGUCCAAAAGAGACUCCACCUUCAAAACCUGUAAAGAAAGAGAAGGAACAAAGGCCACGUCACUUACUCACGGACCUCCCUCUCCCUCCAGAGCUUCCUGGUGGGGAUCCAUCUCCUCCAGACUCGCCAGAACCAAAGGCAGUUACACCACCUCAGCAACCAUAUAAAAAGAGACCAAAAAUUUGUUGUCCUCGUUAUGGAGAAAGAAGACAAACAGAAAGUGACUGGGGAAAACGCUGUGUGGACAAGUUUGACAUUAUUGGGAUUAUUGGAGAGGGAACCUAUGGCCAAGUAUAUAAAGCCAAGGACAAAGACACAGGAGAGCUGGUAGCCCUAAAGAAGGUGAGACUGGAUAAUGAAAAGGAGGGCUUCCCGAUCACAGCCAUUCGUGAGAUCAAAAUCCUUCGUCAGCUAAUCCACCGAAGUGUUGUUAACAUGAAGGAAAUUGUUACAGAUAAACAAGAUGCACUGGAUUUCAAGAAGGACAAAGGUGCCUUUUACCUUGUAUUUGAGUAUAUGGACCAUGACUUAAUGGGACUGCUAGAAUCUGGUUUGGUGCACUUUUCUGAGGACCAUAUCAAGUCAUUCAUGAAACAGCUAAUGGAAGGAUUGGAUUACUGUCACAAAAAGAAUUUCCUGCAUCGGGAUAUUAAGUGUUCUAACAUUUUGCUGAACAACAGUGGACAAAUCAAACUCGCAGAUUUUGGACUUGCUCGACUCUAUAACUCUGAAGAGAGUCGCCCUUAUACAAACAAAGUCAUCACCCUGUGGUACCGACCUCCAGAACUUCUGCUGGGAGAGGAGCGUUACACACCAGCUAUUGAUGUUUGGAGCUGUGGAUGCAUCCUUGGGGAACUGUUCACAAAGAAGCCUAUUUUUCAAGCCAAUCUGGAACUGGCUCAGCUAGAACUGAUCAGUCGACUCUGUGGUAGCCCUUGUCCAGCUGUGUGGCCUGAUGUUAUCAAGCUGCCCUACUUCAAUACCAUGAAACCGAAGAAGCAAUAUAGAAGGCGUCUGCGAGAAGAAUUCUCUUUCAUUCCUUCGGCAGCACUUGAUUUACUGGACCACAUGCUGACACUAGAUCCUAGCAAACGUUGCACAGCUGAACAGACUCUACAGAGUGACUUCCUUAAAGAUGUUGAGCUCAGCAAAAUGGAUCCUCCAGACCUCCCCCACUGGCAGGAUUGCCAUGAAUUGUGGAGUAAGAAACGGCGACGACAGAGACAAAGUGGUGUUGUGAUAGAAGAGCCACCUCCAUCCAAAGCCUCACGGAAAGAAACUACCUCAGGGACAAGUGCUGAGCCCGUGAAGAACAGUAGUCCAGCACCGCCUCAGCCUGCUCCUGGCAAGGUGGAACCUGGGACUGGGGAUGCAGUAGGCCUCGGUGACAUCACACAGCAGUUGAAUCAAAGUGAAUUGGCAGUGUUACUGAAUCUGCUGCAGAGCCAAACCGACCUAAGCAUCCCUCAAAUGGCACAGCUGCUUAACAUCCACUCCAACCCAGAGAUGCAGCAGCAGCUGGAGGCCCUGAACCAGUCCAUCAGUGCCCUAACGGAAGCCACUUCCCAGCAGCAGGACUCAGAGCCCAUGGCCCCAGAGGAGUCUUUGAAGGAGGCACCUCCUGCCCUAGUGGUCCAGCCUUCAGCAGAACAGACAACCUCUGAGGCUUCAAGCACACCAGCUGACAUGCAGAAUAUGUUGGCAGUUCUUUUGAGUCAGCUGAUGAAAACCCAGGAGCCAGCAGGCAGCCUGGAGGAAAACAACAGUGACAAGAACAGUGGGCCACAGGGGCCCCGAAGAACUCCCACAAUGCCACAGGAGGAGGCAGCAGCAUGUCCUCCUCACAUUCUUCCACCAGAGAAGAGGCCCCCUGAGCCCCCCGGACCUCCACCGCCGCCACCUCCACCCCCUCUGGUUGAAGGCGAUCUUUCCAGCGCCCCCCAGGAGUUGAACCCAGCCGUGACAGCCGCCUUGCUGCAACUUUUAUCCCAGCCUGAAGCAGAGCCUCCUGGCCACCUGCCACAUGAGCACCAGGCCUUGAGACCAAUGGAGUACUCCACCCGACCCCAUCCCAACAGGACUUACGGAAACACUGAUGGGCCUGAAACAGGGUUCAGUGCCACUGACACUGAUGAACGCAACUCUGGUCCAGCUUUGACAGAAUCCUUGACCCAGACCCUGGUGAAGAACAGGACCUUCUCAGGCUCUGUGAGCCACCUUGGGGAGUCCAGCAGUUACCAGGGCACAGGGUGGCAGCAGCAGGAAGGAUGGCCCUUGAGGAGUUUGGUGAAGUCCAUCAGUCACCUAGCAUCUGGAGCCCUGACACAUUCAGUCUUUUUCAUAGACUCUAAGCCAGAUGUGGAAAUGGAGACUGAGAGGGGAAAUCAGUUCCUGGAUUUGGAGAGUUCCUGGGACCACAAGGAAAGAACAGGGCUGAAGUGGAUAGAGCCCAUGAGUAAUCUGCCUACAGACCUGGGACCGGGAACCAGAAAGGAAGCCUCUGGGUGUCUAUGAGAGGAUACAUGGCUAAGGUCCUCCUUGGAAGUGUGAAGUUGGAUGUGUCUCUGAUGAGGUCUGAAGAAACUGAGGCCAUGCUGAGUGAGCUCUCUGUUCUGAAGGGGUAAGGGCGAUAGAACACUUUUCUUUUGGUGGUGGUGGAGGAGCUACAGGUCAUGUGUAUAUGCACACAUUCAGGCAUGCUCACACACACACACACACACACACACACACACACACCUUGGGCAGGCUCAGUGUCUAGACAUGAUACAGGGGGCAAGCAAAAAUGCCAGUGUAGCACUUAGUCCUUGCUUUACAACUGUUCUUUCCCUCCAGAUGAAGUCAUGGACAGCUAAAUCAGAAGGAGUUGGAGAAAUCAUUUGGUCUGUCCCCCAGCCUAUGGGCACUGGUUGAAGCUGACAGGUGGAAACCUAGAGUUGGCCCAGACGUGAUGGGUGGUAGAGAUGCCAGCUUGUGGGAGAGAAGGUUUGGCUCCUCUCCUGGGAGCUGUGUCUGGCCAAAGGCUGCCUCUUCCCACCUCCUGCUGGAACUGGCUCUUUUAUAGCUGCUGUUAUCAUUGCUCCAUUGGCCUCUUCCAGUGGCUGUGGACUCAACAAUUUUCCCUAUGUACUUAUGGUUCUAGAACUAGGCUGAGAGCACAUACAUUCUUUUCCAUCUCCCUUGGCCCAUCAGAAAUGGCACAUCUCCUAGUCAUACCUACUACCCUUACCCAGUAAUUCCAACCAUGGAGGAUAAACACUGAAGCCUUCAGAAUUUAUAGGGACUGCACUGCAUCAUUGAGACAACCAUAGAUACCCAUUCUGAACUUGUGUCUUUUGGCUGUAAGUUCUUAGACAAAGGGAAAUCACUCUUUACUGAAUUUUACCCCCACUGACAUUUCCUAACUGUCAGAGGUCCUGAAUGUGGCUGGGGGCUCCUUUUUCUUGAAGCCAAGAUGGCUCCUAACCAGGAAAUCUCAGGACCCCCCCCGCUUAUUUCAUUUCCUUGGCUGCCCUUCUACUCCAGGUCUCCUUCUCUCCUGCCACCACUGCCUUUUCCUUUCCUUCUUUCUAUUCUCUCUCUUUCUCAGCAAGUUUUUUAUGUGAUUACAGGCACUGCAUGGUAAUUAGUGCUAAACUCAUUUGCACAACUACAGUUAAUUGGCUACAACAAUUAAUUAAUGUGUUGGAAAUUUGGCACUGGAAAAAAAAAGUUUGUCAUCAAAAAAAGGGCAAAAAAUUGUAGAGUGAGAUACCCAUAAAAAUCGAGGGCAGGCUUCAAAAGCCCAGCUGGGCCUCAAACUUCAGGCUGGCCUCUGAUGCCUUGCCACUCUCAACUUCAACACAUUUUCCUCUUUCCUCUUUCAUUUUUUUCCCUCUUCCUUUCUCUAUUUCUCUUCUCUCUCCAUUUUUUUUUUUUUUUUUUUUUACAACUUAAGCAAACUCAUUUCCCUGAUAAAAUAUAGCAUGACUAAUGGCUAGAGCAUGUAAAAAUCAUUGGGAAAAUGUCCUUGGAAGACGAAUGCAUUUUCAGCAGAAUAAUUAACUUAAUUAACAAAUUCACAUGCAUAUUCAUCAGGCUAUUAAUGUCUUCUCGGCUCAGCUUGAUGAACAUUGCGGUAAUAACCAUCUCAUUUACAUACUGCAUUCUACUGCGAUCCAAAACAGAGACAACAUACAGGCAUACACACACACACACGCACACACACACACACACACACACACACUUGCACGAAUACACACAACAUGUCUGGGCCGCUUUGACUUCCAGGUUGGCUGGGAGUGAGUGUGUGUGUGUGUGUGUGUGUGUGUGUGUGUGUGUGUGUGAGUGUGUGUGUGUGUGUGUGUGUGUGUGUGUGUGUGUGUGUGUUGUGUGGCAGAGGUGGAGGGGGGACUCCCGCUGGGUGGUGUAAUCUUUAGAGGGUCAUGAGUUGAGGUGGGCUAGGGAUGCCCACAUGUGAAUGUCUGAGAACUUUAAUCCUCUCUCGCUUUCUCUCUGUCUCUCUUUUUCCUUGUUUCCUUUUCUCUGUGUCAUUUUCUGUCUUCUUCUCUCGCCACCCCCCCCCCCCCCAUGUCUCUCUAGGGAAAAACUUGGUAUCCGUGCCAACUUUUUCCCCCUCCCCUCCUCCCUCUCUCUCCUCCUUCCCCUCUCCCAACUGCUGCCAGCCGGCAUCAGCGCCGAAUUGCCAUCUCCUUGAGCUCUCUGUGGAGCAAUCUCAGAGAGCAGUAAGGUGUGACGCGGGGCUCUGCCGGCUUCGCAGCACCGCCUGCGGAAAGAGCGCAGGAUGGCGGAGGAAGAUUAAGAGAAAUCUCGAGCAGGGCUCGGCUGCCAUUGGUGUGUGCAAACGCCGAGGAGGAAGGGAGAGGGAGAGCGAGGAGAGGGGGUAGAAGGGGGGGGGGGGCACCAGCAGCUGUCGGCCUAAUUCUUCUAACACUCUGCUUGUGGUCAUAUUAGAAAAACAGAUUAUGCCCCUCGGUGCCACUCACUUAUACUUGACAUACGUUAAUGUUCUAUAUCUCCAUUCUUGGGUCUUGACGACAGUGGACUUUAGGUUGAGGAGGAUUAGGGCUUUGGGUGGCCAAGGGGCACAAAAGACCCUGCCCCCUCAUUCUCUUCUGACCUCCAACCCCAGCCUAUACGUACCCUUUAGAAAGCAAGCCUGAGCGUAGAAUUUGCAUCUGCUGCCACCAUUUGUCCAUGUUUUUCCAGCCCCUUAGGAGGUGCAGCGGUUAAAAGACACUUGGAAGCCCUUUCCCCUAAAAGUCACCCCCUCUUUAGAGUCUUAAUAAGUCACUUCAGGGCCAAGUGAGACCAACUCUAUGGCACUCCCAUCCCUAAUCUUUCUAUGGGCACUCCCCCUCAAAUCAGAAGUUGGGGGCCAGAGAAAAGGGUCCAUGAUAGUUGGUGCUCCAUAAGGGGGUUACAGAGAAGCCAUAAGCAAAACAAGGCCAGGAUUGUUUCUGGGUUGCUAUGGAAACCAGGUUCCCUCCUCCAGGCAGGAAGGGAGGAGCGCCUGAGGCCUUCCUCCUUCCACCAAUCCGAAAAACUGUAAAGGCGGAGUUUACUAAGGCCUGGGGAAUAGGGCUGUUCUUGGAGGACAAACCAAUCAUUCCCGUAGCCCGACCUGCCGGUCCAUAGCCCUUUGACCCCACCUCCCCUACUCUCUCACCUCAAUAUUCAAAAGAGGCUUUUUCCUCUCUUGCCUUGUCCUCUAUGGAGACCUGUUGCUUAGCAACCACUAGUGCCUUCUUCCCAAUAACUUGCAGGGACUGAGAGAUAAAAUAUCUGACUAUAUUCAGUUCCCCUCCCCUGUCUAUUUAUAUUUAAUAACCCAAGCCCUGUCUUGGGUUCCCUUGGCACCUGUUUUAAAGGGCUUUUAAAGGGAUUAAGCUGUAGCUUGAAGAAAUAAAGUUAUACCUGAAGAAGAACUUCCAAAGGGAAGAGUGGGAAAAAAGACUGGAGUAGGUAGGAAAGCUGUGGAAUCAUAUUCUCUUAAAUAUAGGUGGUGGGGGGGAGUAUUUAGAACUUGGUAUGUGGGGGGGGGGGCCUGGGUGGCUGAGUCGGUUAAGCUCCUGACUUUGGCUCAGGUCCUGAUCUCACAGUUUGUGGGUUCAAGCCCCAUGUCUGGCUCUAUGCUGACAGCUCAGAGCCUGGAGCCUGCUUCAGGUUCUGUGUUUACCUCUCUCUCUGUCCCUCCCCUGCUCAUACUCUUUCACUUUCUCUUUCUCUCUCUCAAAAAAAUAAAUAAAUAAAAUAUUAAAAAAAAAAAAAAAGAACUUGAAUUGUGGGGAGGGGGUGUCCACAGGGAUUCCCAAGGACAGGAAUUCUACUCAGGACCUGGAGUGGACCAUAACAGGGCAACUAACUGGGCUGGCAAUUUCCACUCCCCACCCCCUGCCUUGCCUUCAUUUCCUGACCACUUCCAGUCUAGAGCCCUCUCAUAUUUCUAUAUGUGGGAGGCCCAUCCCUCUGGGGAUGUCCAGUUUCCUAGUGUCAGGAUGCUGGUAUCCAGGAGUGGGAGCUAUGUGGAUGUAUGUAUCUCCCAAAGGCCUGGGUAUCUCUCAAAGUUUGUCAGUCACAGGGAAGGAGUUAUUCUGAGCUAUCUACUAGAAAACCCCAACCUGACCUGGCAGUGGGGGCUGUACAGAAUCACCAAAAAUGAGGAGCAAGGAAGGCCUAAGGAUAACCUAGUGGCUGCAUGUCAGAACACCUAGGUUAGGGCCCCCUCUCCUUACUCUCCUGUGAUCCAAGUUAUUCACUUAAUCUUUUUUUUUUUUUAAUUUUUAAGUUUAUUUACCUAUUUUGAGAGAGAGAGGGAGAGAGAGAGAAUCCCAAGCAGGCUCCAUGCUGUCAGCACAGAGCCUGAUGUGGGGCUUGAACUCACAAACCAUGAGAUCAUGACCUGAGCUGAAACCAAGAGUUGGAUGCUUAACUGACUGAGCCACCCAGGCGCCCCCACUUAAUUAUUUAAACUCCUUGUUGCUUCAUCUAUAGAUCAAGAAUGAUAAUGUUUACCUCCCUAGAUUUUAGCGGGAUCAAUUGAAGUGAUAUGUGAAAGGAAACACUCUGAAAACUGCCAAAUUUAAAUAAAUAUUAUUUUAAGGUCUGGAAAAGGUCUGACUGCUGGAGAGAGGGAGAUGCUAUGAAUCCAGCCCGGUCCUUGGCUUAGGAACACUACUGGUUUGUUGACUAGAGGGGUGUGAUUCUUUGCCCUGUGGUCAUUGGGGUGGGGAGCUAUAAAUCAAAAUCAAACACAGGGCUCCUUACGGAGGGUAGCACAGAGUAUCCCUGUCAUCUUCCCCACCUCCAGUCCCAGCUUCUGACCUCUAGUUCUCCCAGCCAACACCCCACCCUGACCCUCCACCCUUCUCCCCAGUCAGCACCUUCACUGCCGUCAUACUAGAUCACAGACUGUACAAUUUCACCCUCCAUACCCCCCUUUUCGGCACCUCCUCCAACCCGAGCCUUCUGUGGGAGACAGAUGGGGUGUCUGCAAUGGAAAAGGCUCUGGGCUCUACGCCGCCUUGGGUGGGCAGCCCCCCUCCCAUCUCCCCAACUACUCCCGCUCCUUACCUAAGACACUCAGAUUCACCCUGGGCAGCUUUGGGAGCUGCUGAGGAUUCCAACACUCUUCCCUUCUCAGACUCAGCCCAGAAGCAGAGCCAGAAUGACAUCUUUCUCUGAGACCCAGCCCCCAGCCCCUCUUCAUGGAAUGCCAACACAAAGGAGGAAAUAGGUUAGGAAAUGGUAGGGCUCCAUGGGACCAAUGUGAAGAGGCAGGGAGGAGCCCAGAAUCCCUCACUGAGGACUGGAUGGCUAGGGUUUGGGGUCUGAGUUGACAGAGGAGGCUGAGACUAAGCGGCCCCUUUGUUCCAGAAAUCUAGGGUCCCUGGAGGGAGGACUCAGCUUGGGGAGGGGGGAAAGGGAGCUAACAUUACAGAGCACCAACUGUGAGCCAGGCACAAUGCCAGAGACUUCCCAUACCUGUACUCACAACUAGCAGGUGAGGUGUCAGGGUGAAUAGGUGUCUCAUGAGCUCUCAGCAUCUCUCAACACAAUUGACCAACUUCUCCUUUGAUUCUAUGAUUUCACUGCCAAUUCUCCUACACUCUGGCUGCUCUUUCUCUGUCUCCUUUGCAAGCUCAUCCUCAACUCCUUGGACUCAGCCAAGUCCCCCGAUUAUACACUUUCACAGUACUGUAUAUUCUUCUUUCAGAGCACUUAGAACAGUGAUUUCACACUUAUUUGUGCAGUCAUUUGAAUAAUAAUAAUCCUAUUUCCCCCACCAGAUGGAAAGUUCCACGAGGACAGUGACCACAUCUAUCUGUAUUCACCAAAGUGCUCCCAGUGCCCAGCACAGUGCCUAGCAUAAAGCAACUGUUUGGUAAAUAUUUGUUGGAUGAAUGAAUAAAUGACAAAAGGACA